AUCGAUUGCGCGAUGGCAUCGUCUGUGUUUAGUGUGGACAAAAAUCCCCCCAGCUAUGAACCGUACACAUUUACGCUAUCGGAUAAGUUCCGAAAACUUGCCCAAGAAGAACUGCGGGAGGAUGACGAAAUUCGGGAGCAAUCGCUGACGCAGAUGCGUGAAUGGAUCGCCAAACAUCCGUACAUCCGAACAUGCCGCACGGAUGCAGUGUUCUUGCUGAGGUUUUUACGAUUCAGGAAAUUUUCCGUGCCAUUGGCACAGGAAGCUCUGGAACGGUACCUGGCCAUGCGACAGACGUUUAGUGAGUGGUUCAAACAGUUGGAUCCUCGGGAUGAGCUGAUGCAAAUUCCAAUGGACGAUGAGGUAUUCACCAUUAUUGGGCGCGAUGAAGUUGGCCGGACAGUGGUUUUCAUUCGUUUUGGAUUGUUUGAUGUGGAAAAAUUGAAUCCGAUUGCUGUAUUUCGAUACACGAUGCUGUUCCUCGAACUGUUACUUGACGAUGAGGAGGUUCAGAUUGGAGGAUUUAGGGUAUGGGUGGAUUACACGGAGAGUCUUAUGAAGCACUAUGGCAUGUGGGGAAUUGGAGAUUUGAAGCUGCUGAUGGACGCCGUCAACAAGACGAUGCCAAUUCGAAUCCGGGAGAUUCAGGCAGCAAAACUUCCCAAGUUUGCAAUUACACUUGCCAACCUGUUGCUAUCCUUCGCCAGUUCCAAGUUCAGGGAACGGAUUGUGUGUAACGCUACGGUGUUGGAAUCGAAGAAGCACUUCGACGAGUCCCUUUGGCCGAAACAGUACGGAGGAACUCACGAUACCAAGGAGCUGGCACGAGACCUGAAGAAGCAGUUCGAAGAGAAGCGUACUCGCAUUAUGGCGCUGGAUGACAUGGACAUCGACAUCGAACACUAUACGUCGCUGUGGGGUCAAUCGAGUGCUAAUCCAAACAGUGACAUCGAAGGCGGUGUGGCCGGGUGUUUCAGGAAGUUCAAUGUGGAUUAAGA